AUGGAACGUGUAAAGGGAUGGAAGAAGGAGAUUGCAUUAUUUGUGUAGAUACUGAUUCCAGAUAUUAAUUUGGAAAUACUUAUUUCUGUAAAGAAGGAUAUUAUAAUGCAGGAUUGCCUGUUUCUUAAAGUAUUAAUAGAUUUUAAUAGAUAGAAUGUAAUUAUAAAAAGAAAAGGAUACAAAAAGCAAUCUGAAAGUUGGAAUUUUUAUCUGAAUAAUAGUGUCAGAUAAUUUUUUUCAGGUUUCAAUAAAUGUAAAUGCAUCCAAAAAUAAUAUGAUGAUGGAUAGAGUCAAGUUUGCUUCGGUAAUUAUAUUAUUAAUCAUUAAAGAAUGCCAUUAUUCAUGUCUCAGAUGA